GGCCCCCGCCCGCACUCACAGCCCGCCGCCGCGCCGGCGCCGCGCCCGCCCGCCGGGUCAGCGCGGCCCGGCCUGGCGCGGCCGGCUCCCAGGGUGCACCGCGGCGAGCGCUCCCCGCGACCCGGGAGAUGCGCCGGGCGGGCGGCGCCCGCUGACCUCCCCCGGCGCCGCCGCAGGGCCCGGCCCCGCCGCCCGCCCCGCCCAUGGGCCGCGGGCCCCCGCCGCCGCCGCCGCCCGCCCGGAGGACCGCGCCGAGCCGGGGAGCCGCCUGAAGGACCGCCGCGGCCGCGCCGCAGGUCACCUGGAUGUCAGCAUGGCAGCCACGAACCUGGAGAACCAGCUACAGAGCGCACAGAAGAACCUCCUGUUCCUGCAGCGGGAGCACGCGGGCACGCUCAAGGGGCUGCACGCGGAGAUCAGGCGGCUGCAGCAGCACUGCACAGAUUUAACGUAUGAGCUGACACUGAAAAGUUCCGAGCAGACAGGAGACGGGUCUUCCAGAAGCACUGAACUGAAGAAGCGAUGUGAAGACCUGGAAGCCCAGCUGAAGGCCAAGGAGGAGGAGAACCAGGAGCUGCUGCAGGAGCUGGAGCAGAAGAGCGCGCUGGUGGCUGUGCUGGAGAACACCGUCAAGGAGCGGGAGAAGAGGUACCUGGAGGAGCUGAAGGUGAAGAGCCACAAGCUGAGCAUGCUGUCCGGCGAGCUGGAGCAGCGGGCCAGCACCGUGGCCUACCUGACCUCGCAGCUGCACGCCGCCAAGAAGAAGCUCCUGAGCGCCGGCGGCACCUCCGACGCCAGCCCGGCCGGCAGCCCCGCACUGGCCAGCUACAAGCCGGCGCCCCCCAAGGACAAGCUGCCCGAGACACCGCGCCGCCGCAUGAAGAAGAGCCUGUCGGCCCCGCUGCACCCGGAGUUCGAGGAGGUCUACAGACUCGGGGCCGAGAGCCGCAGGCUGCUCCUGCGCGAGCCCGUGGACGCCAUGCCCGACCCCACCCCGUUCCUGCUGGCCCGGGAGGCGGCCGAGGUCCAGCUCAUCAAGGAGCGGCCGCUGGUCAUCCCGCCCAUCGCCUCGGACCGCGGCGCAGGCGGGCAGCACAGCCCGGCCCGCGAGAAGCCGCACAAGGCCCACGUGGGGGUGGCCCACCGCAUCCACCACGCCAGCCCCCCACAGCCCCAGCCGGAGGUGGAGACGCUGGCCGUGGACCAGGUGAACGGAGGCAAGGUCGUGCGGAAGCACUCAGGGACGGACAGAACUGUGUGACCUGCGGCCGCCGCGGCUGUCCAUGCACUGUGAGCGCCACGAGGGAACCUCUCCGCACCCCUUUCCGUUAACCCCAUGCAUGCCAAAUCGUUUCCGAGUCCAGACCCUCCCGCCCCCCGCCCCGCACUCCAGACAUGACGCGUCCCUGCUGCAGAAUGCGUACUUCCCAACGCUGUGGCCACCACGCGUGCCCAGCCGCUUGCUUCCAAGCCCGCUCCGUGCAGUCCGAGUGCACUCGUGGCCAAGGCCCGGGCCACGGGAUGCACCCUGCACGACGUCCUUGCGCAGAUGGGCACGCGCCUGAGUGCACGCCAGAGCAACGCACAGCGACCUUGACCCACACAGGGCGGCCUGGGAGCAGCGCUCCCUCCUGGAGACCCCCACCCCCACACCUUCCCCAGGGCGGCACCACCACCGAGCAGCUGUAUGUAGAUGUCAGAGGAACUAAAUAAGAUGACGUUACUCCUCAUGUCACCACAACCUGAAUGUGUGUUCAUAUUUUUUGUUUUACCCAAGAUGUUCCAGAUCCCAACAAACUUUAUUUUCUAAACCUGC